GCCAAAAAUAGAGACCCGUUGCAGUUUCGCAAAAGGACCUCUUCGAUAAAGAAUUCUUACAAAAGUCCUCCACCCUAAGCAGCGCCUGAACAAAUUCAAAUCAGAACCCCCACCCAAUCUACAGUAUCAUUCAACUCCGCUCACCAGAGGUAUUCAUUCCAUCAAUGUCGAACGACAACAAUACUCUCUUUAACAAUCUAUUCUCUUCGAUAAUCUCAGACAUCAAAUCCUACAAUGGCAAUGAUCCUCUUCUCCCAUGGAUCCGAGGGAUAAAGAAAAUGAAAGACUCGGUGCCGCCCCAGCUUCUCAAAGAGAAACUGCCUCGCUUUCUUCAGAAAUGCGCCGAGAAUUUUCAAACUGACCGCCGCUAUUCCAACGACCUGCGCUACCUUCGUGUUUGGUUGCAAUUGAUUCUUUUGUGCCUAUCUUUCAACAGCCUUGCAGAGCCUGCUGAUGAGUUGCAAAAGGCAUAUGAGCAAUUUCUUCAUCGUAUGAAGCGACAGAGAAAUAAGAGAAUUCAGGUAGGGAAAACUAACAUUUGUAUUCCAAAGAAUGAUGAGGUUGAAGAAAAGAAUGAGAGUGCGUGCAGAACUGAUGAACAAACUGUGGGAGCUUGGCUAGGAGAAUGUUCUUUAGAGAUGCAACCAGAGUCUGUAAAUGCUGAGAACAUGAUUAAGCAGUCACAAAGCUCUGAGAAUGAAUUGCCAAUAGAAGAGGCAAAUCAUAAACACAUUGCAGCAAAUUCUAAUAAUGUUGAAUUGCUCAAAAAUAGGCAACUUAAGAAGGUGAUCGUGAGUGAUUGUAGAGGCAAAAGUUCUUUAGAAAAAACUAAAGUCAAACACGACAGAACUAAAAAAUUUGGAGGUGAAGAUACAGUUGUGACUAAGUUUGUAGAUACUGCCAUUGUUGGGCAAUCUAAUGCAGAAGACUCGAGGCAUCAUGGUCUAGUGGAGCCUACAAUUAACACAAAAGAGGCCAUUAAUGCCAUAAAUAGCAUGUUCCAAGAACCAUUGGUGCCAUCUAUAGCUGGCAGGACGUCAGACAGAAGCCAGCUCAAAACUGGUGAGAGCUUCAACAAUGAAAUCAAGGUUUAUGAUGAGAAAAGCUUAGAGACUGAUAUUGUAUUGUGUCAGCAGAAACCGACAAAGUAUUCAUCAAAGCCACCACCAAGAUCUGACUCUAAUCAGCCUGUACACAAACCAUUUCAAAUAUAUAUGGAUGAUGAGGAAAGCCAUGAGAAGGAGAUUCAGGUUGAAAUCUCUGCUGAAGGUGUUAUUCAUGGGAAUGAUUUUCCAUUUUCAAUUCCAAAUGAUCUUUCUGAAUGCUCUAAAGAUCUAGAUGCUAGAAGGAGGCCACAAGCUGGUCAACGGGAGGAUACAGUUGUUUUUCGGUUCGUAGGAUCCACCAUCUCUGACGAACCAGAGGUCGAAAAUGUUUGCCACCAUGGCCUGGUUGAGCCCACUAUUAAUUUGAAGGAGGCUAUGAAAGAUAUUAAUAGCAUGUUUGGAAAGCCAAUAGAAUUUACACGGAAAAGCAGGAUGAAGAAGCAAGACAGAAUAACGGAUGUGAAGAACAGUUCUGAUGUGUUUUUGAUACUUCCAGAUGACGAAUUUGACAAUGAAAAUGCUAUGGAUGAUGUUAAUAAUAUGUUUCAGAAGCCAAUCGAAUUUUCAAGGACAAGCCAGCCAAAUAAGCAUGAUGAUGUACCUAAUCAUGUCAAGACGACCAGUUGCAGUGGGUUUUUGAUUCUUCCUGAUGAGGAAUUAGACAAUGAACAAGGGAGCUCCCUAUCAAGUUUGUCUGCCAGAAACGAACACGAUCUAUUUGAACAAACUCUAUGCACUAAGGAAGCAAUGGCUGAAAUCAGUAAAAUGUUUGCAAUGCCGAUGGAUAUGUGAAUUCUUGUAAUUGAU